AUGCGGACAGGACAUGAGGCUUCCCUGCCGAAAACACACACAAACCCAACCGAGACAGAAAAGGAGGACCGACCGAACGGAGAUAAGGGGGGACCUCGAGUGAACGGGCACACCAACGGAGAUGUCUUGGUGGAGCGACAAGUCAGUAGCGAUAUCGUAUAUGAGGAGCGGAGGAGUAGCAACGGCGAAUCUCUCGCAACUAUCCGGACGGAUGGCGCAGAGGACGAUAUAUCCAAGGCAGUCCGUCGAGAUGCACGAACACGACAGGUCCGGAGCGAACUCGUCAGUGGAAGGAAAGCUGGCGAGAACUGGGAUCGAAGGAUCCGCUGGGCACCGCUCAACGUCCCCCUUAAACGCCGCCUACAAACCCUCAUGGUCCUCCUCCAUAGCCUCUCCAUUAUCAUGAUGGUCACCACCUUCUUCUUCCUCUGCGCCAUCCCCCUCCUCUGGCCCAUCAUCGUCCCCUACCUCAUAUACGUCCUCCUCUCCAACGCCGGAUCGUCCGGAGAACAUUACUACCGCUCCGAGAGAAUACGGCGGCUGCCGAUCUGGUCGCUUUUCGCAUCAUACUUUCCCGCCCGACUCCACCGAUCACACGUCCUGCCGCCCACCCGGAAAUAUAUCUUCGGAUACCACCCACACGGGAUCAUCAGCCACGGAGCGUUCGCCGCCUUCGCGACGGAGGCGAUGGGAUUUUCCCAGCUGUUCCCGGGCAUCACCAACUCGCUGUUGACGCUUGAUUCAAAUUUCCGAAUCCCCAUCUAUCGAGACUGGGCGCUGCGGCUCGGGAUGGCGUCUGUCUCCCGCGAGUCGUGCGAGAAUCUCCUUUCCAAAGGCGGCGUGAACAGCCACGGCAUGGGUCGAGCCAUCACGAUCGUCAUCGGCGGCGCGAGCGAGUCGCUCGAUGCGGAGCCCGGGAUCGUGCGAUUGGUGCUGGCCCGGCGCCGGGGUUUCGUGAAACUGGCCAUCCGAACUGGGGCGGAUUUGGUGCCGGUGUUUGCGUUUGGAGAAAACGACCUCUAUGAACAGGUUCGUCCGGCGGAUCACCCGCUCCUCCACCAGUUCCAGAUGCUCGUAAAGAAGAUCUUGGGGUUCACGGUGCCCAUCUUCCAUGCGCGGGGGAUUUUCAACUACGAUGUCGGCAUCUUGCCGUACCGGCGACCGGUCAACGUGGUGGUGGGCAAACCUAUCCAAGUACGGCAGCAGGAGAAGCCGGAUGAAGCGUAUGUACAGGAGUUGCAUGACGAGUAUACGCAGGAGCUCCGACGGAUUUGGGAUGAUUGGAAAGACACUUUCUACAAGGACCGAGAUGCGGAGUUGCAAAUCGUCAGUUGA